AUACAAGGUUUGCUCGAUAAUGAAAGAAUUUUCGAUGAAGAGGAGUGCAAGUUUACUCGUCCAAGUCCAACGGGACAAUGACAAAUGACUACUUCAGCUUUACUAAGCUUAACAACGCUGCAUGUCAAUUUUUGAAAAAAAAUAUAGAAAUUGCGUUGUCAUUUAGAAAUAAAGCUUACCAGUGGGUAGUGUACCUCUAAAUGGAACUAAUUAAUAUGAUCGCAAUUUUUUUUUUACAUGGGAGUAUUUCUACAUCUAAGUCUGACUUUGAAAUAAAAGAUGUGAGCUGCAAAGAAAUCAUGAGAACAACAAUGGAUCGCAUAGCUCCCAUAUUUCUCUUUUUAUUGUUGAUUAUUGAUACAUCCACUGCAAUUGACACCAUAAAAACAACUCAAUCCAUUAGAGAUGGUGACACUAUUCUUUCAGCUAAUGGAGCCUAUGAGUUGGGAUUUUUUAGCCCGGGGAAUUCUGCAAAUCGAUACCUGGGGAUAUGGUAUGCCAAAAUAUCUGUGAUGACUGUAGUUUGGGUUGCCAACAGAGAAACCCCACUUAAUGAUUCAUCAGGUGUUUUAAGGCUUACCAACCAAGGAAUUCUUGUCCUUUCAAAUCGGAACGGGAGCAUAGUUUGGUCUUCCGACUCAUCGAGACCUGCGACUAAUCCAACCGCUCAACUUCUGGACUCGGGAAACCUUGUCGUGAAGGAGGAGGGUGAUGAUAACCUGGAAAGUUCCUUGUGGCAGAGUUUUGAACAUCCAGCUGAUACAUUAUUGCCUGAAAUGAAGCUAGGACGGAAUAGAAUAACAGGGAUGGACUCUUACAUUACAUCCUGGAAGUCACCGGAUGAUCCUUCAAGAGGUAAUGUUUCAGAAAUUCUUGUUCCUUUUGGAUAUCCUGAGAUAAUUGUGGUGGAGAAUUCAAUUGUUAAGCACCGGUCUGGACCGUGGAAUGGUCUGAGGUUCAGUGGCAUGCCUCAAGCAAAACCAAAUCCCAAAUACUCAGUUGAAUUUGUUUUUAAUGAGAAGGAGAUAUUUUACAGAUAUCAUGUUCUCAGUAAGUCAAUGCCUUGGAGGGUCACGGUAACUCAGGGUGGUGAUGUCCAGCGCUUCACGUGGAUUGAACAAACACGAAGUUGGCUGCUUUAUCUCACCUUAAAUACCGAUAAUUGUGAACGUUAUGCGCUAUGUGGUGCAAAUGGUAUCUGUAGUAUCAACAGCUCUCCAAUGUGUGGUUGCUUGAAUGGAUUUGUACCAAAAGUUCAAAGCGAAUGGGAGUUGACGGACUGGUCAAGUGGUUGUGUUAGAAGGACUCCACUGAAUUGCUCUGGAGACUGGUUUCAAAAGGUCUCGGCUGUGAAAUUGCCUCAGACAAAAACAUCAUGGUUUAACAGGAGCAUGAAUCUUGAAGAUUGCAAGAACACGUGCUUGAAUAACUGCAGUUGUACAGCUUAUUCAAAUUUAGAUAUCAGGGAUGGAGGAAGUGGAUGCUUGCUCUGGUUCGAUGAUCUGCUAGAUGUCAGAAUACUUGUUAAAAAUGAACCAGAUAUUUAUACAAGGAUGGCUGCUUCAGAACCAGAUAACGGUUACGGCGCAAAGAUUGAAACGAAAGCCAAGGAGAAGAAAAGGAUCAUACUAAGCGUUGUGCUGUCUACAGGAAUUCUGUUCCUUGGCCUGGCCGUGGUCUUUUAUGUUUGGAAAGGGCAUCAGAUGAAAAACAGAAAAAUGACUGGUGCUUCGGGAAUAAGUUCAAAUAACAAGCACCAGAACAAAGAUCUGGAAUUAUUGUUGUUUACAAUAGAUACCUUGGCUUCUGCAACAAAUAACUUUUCUCUUAACAAUAUACUCGGGGAGGGAGGAUUCGGACAUGUUUAUAAGGGGACACUGAAAGAUGGACUUGAAAUAGCCGUGAAGAGGCUCUCUAAGAGUUCAAGACAAGGCCUCGAUGAGUUCAAAAAUGAAGUCAGGCAUAUAGUGAACCUUCAGCACCGGAAUCUAGUGAAGCUUCUAGGAUGCUGCAUUGAAGGAGAGGAAAAGAUGUUGAUUUACGAGUUCUUGCCCAACAAAAGCUUGGACUUCUUUAUUUUUGAUAACACACGGAGCGUGCUAUUAGAUUGGCCUAAGCGUUACAAUAUUAUCAAUGGGAUUGCUCGUGGACUACUUUAUCUUCACCAAGAUUCAAGACUAAGAGUAAUUCACAGAGAUCUAAAAGCCAGCAAUAUUUUAUUAGAUUACAACAUGCACCCAAAAAUUUCAGACUUCGGGCUGGCGAGAGGUGUUGAAGGAAAUGAAACUGAAUCCAAAACAAGGAAAGUGGUGGGGACAUAUGGCUACAUAUCUCCAGAGUAUGCGUUCCAUGGACUCUACUCAUUAAAAUCAGAUGUCUUCAGCUUUGGUGUAUUGGUGUUAGAGAUAGUGAGUGGCAACAGGAACAGAGGAUUCUAUCAUCCAGAUCACCAACUCAACCUAAUUGGACAUGCUUGGACACUGUUUAAUGAAGGCAGGCCAUUGGAACUGAUUGCGGAAAAGACGAUGGAAACAUGCAAUUUAUCUGAAGUGCUACGUGUGAUUCAACUGGGGCUAUUAUGCGUGCAACAAAGUCCUGAAGAUAGGCCAAGCAUUUCGUAUGUGGUUUUGAUGCUAGGUAAUGAAGAUGAAUUGCCUCCGCCUAAACAGCCGGGUUAUUUUACUGCAAGGGACGUUAUUGAAUCGAGCAAUCUACCAAGCCAAAGCAAACGAUAUUCAACAAACGAUUGCUCGAUUUCACUGGUAGAGAGGUUUUCUUUGAACAGGAUGGUUUUCUUUUGUACGAGGAAGCAAACCAAUCUGGUAGCAUGCUUCACAGGAUUUGCAGAAGCUAAAGCUAGAAAUUUUGGACUCAUCAUUAUUCUAAUUCAUCACUUGCUCACCAAAAAUCAAAGUAAAAGAAGCCAAGAAAUAAAAGUUGAUUCAAGCAUUACCAUGACAAAGUUCAGUGCAGCAAAAACUAUGAAUGCAUGUGUAGAUAGCACUUCUGCACUUCUUUACAUCUCUAUUUUGUUGCUGAUCAUUAAAAUAUCCACUGCGAUUGACACCAUAAAUACAACUCAAUCUAUCAGAGAUAUCGAUGGAGACAGCAUGGUCUCUGCUGAUGGGAGCUUUAAAAUGGGAUUUUUCAGCCCAGGCAGCUCCCAAAACCGAUACCUGGGUAUAUGGUUCAACAAGGUAUCCGUCAUGACUGUGGUUUGGGUUGCCAACAGGGAAAUCCCCCUCACCAAUUCAUCAGGUGUGUUAAGGGUUACUGGCGAUGGACUUCUAGUCCUGCUCAAUCACAACGAGAGCAUCAUUUGGUCUUCCAACGCCUCUAGGUCUGCAAGAUUUCCAGUAGCACAGCUUUUGGAUUCAGGGAAUCUUGUUGUCAAAGAAGAGGAUGAUAGUGACCUGGAAAACUCCUUGUGGCAAAGUUUCGAUUAUCCAUGUGAUACACUCCUGGCAGGGAUGAAGAUGGGAAGGAAUUCAAUAACAGGCUUUGAUCGGUACUUGACAUCAUGGAAGACAACUGACGAUCCAUCUAGAGGUAACUUUUCUUUUAGAUUUAAUCCUAGUGGAUAUCCUGAGCAAAUUCUGACAGAGAAUUCAAUUCGGCGGUAUCGGUCUGGACCCUGGAAUGGCCUGCGUUUUGGCGGUCCUCAAUUACGGCCAAACCCUGUAUACAAAUACGAGUUUGUUUUUAAUGACAAGGAGAUAUUUUACAGAUACCAGCUUCUUAACAAUUCAAUUCUUUCAAGGCUAGUGCUAACUCAAACUGGGGACGUCCAGCGUUUAACAUGGACCGAUGAAACAGGCAUCUGGGCGUUUUACCUUACACUAAUUGUUGAUGAUUGUAACCGAUAUGCUUUGUGUGGUGCAUAUGGGAGCUGUGAUAUUAACAACUCCCCAGCAUGUGGUUGCUUGAAAGGAUUUCUACCGAAAGUUCCAAGAACUUGGGACAUGAUGAACUGGUCAGAUGGUUGUGCUAGAAGGACUCCACUAAACUGCACAGGAGAUUUGUUUCGAAGGUAUUCUGGCGUAAAGCUGCCAGAGACGAGAAAAUCGUGGUUUAAUAAGAGCAUGAAUCUUGAGCAAUGCAAGAGCAUGUGUAUGAAGAACUGCUCAUGUACAGCUUAUGCAAAUCUGGACAUCAGGGAAGGAGGAAGUGGGUGCCUGCUUUGGUUCAGUGACUUGAUUGAUAUUAGACAAUUCAAUGAUAACGGGCAGGACAUUUAUAUAAGGAUGGCUGCAUCAGAACAAGAUCACAAUGAUAAAGAGGGGACUGAAUCCAAUAAAACGAAACAUAUGAGGAUCAUAGUGAUCUCUGUGGUAUCAGCAGGGAUGCUGCUUCUUGGCAUAGUCUUGGUUCUACUUGUUCGAAAAAAGAAGCAGCAGAAGGGCAGAAAAGUGACAGGUAUUCUUGAAGGAAGAAGAGAUGAUACCUGCAUGAAGGAAGAUCCAGAACUUCAGCUGUUCGAUUUCGGUACAAUUGCUUGUGUCACCAACAACUUUUCUCUUACCAAUAAACUAGGAGAAGGGGGUUUCGGACCUGUUUAUAAGGGAAUGCUAGAAGAUGGACAAGAAAUAGCUGUGAAGAGGCUCUCAAAGAGCUCAAGACAAGUACUUGAUGAGUUCAAGAAUGAGGUCAUGCAUAUUGCAAAACUUCAACACCGGAAUCUGGUUAAGCUUUUGGGAUGCUGCAUGGAAGCAGAUGAAAGGAUGUUGAUUUACGAGUUCAUGCCUAAAAAAAGCUUGGACAUCUUUAUUUUUGAUCGAACACAUAGCUCACUACUGGACUGGCCACAGCGCUAUCACAUUAUCAACGGGAUUGCUCGUGGACUUCUUUAUCUUCACCAAGAUUCACGACUAAGAAUAAUCCACAGAGAUUUGAAGGCCAGCAAUAUCUUAUUAGACAACAGCAUGAACCCAAAAAUUUCAGACUUUGGCCUCGCUAGAAGUUUUGGAGAAAAUGAAACUGAAGCCAACACAAAAAGGGUGGUGGGAACAUAUGGCUACAUAUCACCAGAGUACGCAAUUGAUGGGCUCUACUCAGUGAAAUCUGAUGUCUUCAGCUUUGGUGUAUUGGUGCUAGAGAUUAUGAAUGGGAACAGGAAUAGAGGAUUCUGUCAUCCAGACCACCACCUCAACCUUCUUGGCCAUGCAUGGAGACUAUUUACAGAAGGCAGGUCUUCUGAACUAAUUACUGAACCAAUAGCAGAAUCAUGCAAUUUAUCAGAAGCGCUUCGUUCAAUUCAUGUGGGUUUAUUAUGCGUGCAAUGCCAUCCAAAUGAUAGGCCAGGCAUGUCAUCUGUGGUUUUAAUGUUGAGUGGUGAAGGUAAAUUGCCUCAGCCAAAACAACCAGGUUUCUUUACUGAAAGAACUUUGGUUGAAGCAAAUUCUUCAUCAAUAAAGAACACAUCAUGUUCAGUCAAUGAUUCCACCAUAACCCUAUUAGAGGCAAGAUAGAAACUUUUUUCUUUUUUUUGGUCACUGAUUUAUUUUGUUUCUUGUCAUGUUCACAGAAACUAGUGUUCUUUUUAGGCUCAUUCGUCUCUGCUAUUUGCAUAGAUUAUUGGGUCCAUGUACGAAAACGACAGUUAGAUACUUUUGUUAGCAACAUCAACUUGAAAAA